AUGUCAUCUGUGAAAGUUAUUACACAUCUGCUAUUGCUACUUCAACAGGGUAUCCAACUAUGUUUAGCUUAUAAAGCAAUCGAUGAAUCAGUCUUGUUUAGGAUAGAUUGGAAAGACAAAUCGGCAACACCAGCAUACCUUCUUGACGUUAAAGAUGAUUGGUUGACGAAUCAACCGUACCUACAUAUAACGAGUGGUAAUGAUGAAAAAUAUCUGUGUACACUACCACUCAUUCCAGCUCAG